AAGAAGAAGAGGCAGGUAGUUUUGAUUUCGGGAGCGGGAUAGCAAGAGCUCGAGAUGACCCCGACGACGAUCGUUCAUAUAUGUAUAUUGAUUGCCUGCGGCAUUCUUAACUUUGUGAGCUGCGAAUACAAGUCAUCCAAUGCGAUUCAACAUCUUCUUGUCGGAAAACGAAACCAAGAAGAUAAUGUAAAUUUCUAUGGCAAACAGCAAACCUCGUUAUCCUGUCCAGAAAGAAAUGGUCGAUUUCCAAUUUCGUCUCAAUGUGAUGCCUACAUAGAAUGCAUUGACGGUAUCCCUGAAGAAAAAUUAUGUCCCGAGGGACUUCUAUUUAGUCCUGAAGCAAGAUUCAAUUAUCCUUGUGGAUAUCCAAUAGAUGUAAAUUGUGAGGGAAGACCUAAUCGACAACCUGCACAACCAACUGCUGAUUGUCCUCAUCAAUAUGGUUAUUUCAAGGUUGGGGAUAAGCAAAAUUGUGGUCAAUUUAUGAAUUGUGCUGACGGAAAGGGAUACAUUUUUGAUUGUCCUGAAGGAUUGGCUUUUAAUUCAGAAUCUUAUCGUUGUGAUUGGCCCGAUCAGGUCACUGAUUGCGAUGUUGAAGCAUUCUUGGGCUUCGUUUGUCCAGAAGAUCUUUCUACACGAGAAAUCAAAUUUUUCCGAAGUAAUCUGGAUUGUCAGCGGUACUAUGUUUGCGUAAAUGGCCGACCACGAUUGCAAAAUUGUGGUGAGGGUAGGGCUUUUAAUGAAUUAACAGGCGCUUGUGAUGCUGCGGAAAAUGUUACUGGAUGUGAAUUACUUGGAUUGUUACAUGAAAAAAAAACUGUGAAAUUAUUUUAAAUAUGGAAAGAAUUUUGGUAGCAUCUGUAAAUUUUGAUGAACGAGUAAUUUCUAUUAUUUAAACAUACAUAUUAAUAAUGCUACAUAAAUGAAGAAAUAAGUUUUGCAAAUAUGAGUAAGUGAAAAAAAUAUGAUGUAAAUAAUUGUAUGUUAAGAAUGUUCA